CCUUGACAACGCAGAAUAAGAUCCAGUGAUCUUUCUCUGACUAACGACAUCAACCGUGAGACGCUCAUGAAAUCUUUCCACGGAGCUACAGAGUAUGUACCUCUCUAUGGUGAAGGCCCCGCAGUCAUAAUGGCGAUCUCCCGCUCCACAGGAAUCUUCUUUCAUGUCCAAUAACCAGUGAAGAAUUCAAGCAACUGAGCUCCUGGUUCCCUCAUUGCGUUACCUGAUUUGGUUCUCUUUUGAGGUACAUAUUUACAAAAAUUAUUCCUCAAUUGUUGUUCCCCACCUGAUCUUCUGGAGGAAAGCCUACUUAAUUCAGCAGCUCUUGCGGCGAACCUGCAAAAUCAAUCAUCCUGAAGCCUUCGCAAAUACCAAUAGCCAUACCACCAACCAUUAUCGCAUGACGCCGUCUCACUUGCAUCGCAAUGGCAGCCGAAGGCCCGGUCCUCAAGACCCCCCGCCGGUUCCUGUUCAUCGCCUCACUAGGCAAUAUGCGUCCGUACCGUCAAACACGGCACAGCGCCGGGCAUAUCCUCCUCGAUGCGCUUGUCCCCCUCCUCCCCGGGCGAAUGCCUCUGGUAUCCUCCAAACAGCCAUCCGCCGGGCCCAUCUUCUACAAAACAUGGUACAGCCCAUCAUACAUGAACGAAUCCGGGCCAAAGUUGGUCCGACAGCUCAGUAGCUGGUUAUCAACAACGCAAUCCGAGGUAUUAGGGCGAGUAGUCCGCCAAGGGGACGUCGCUUUGCCCGCGAACUUCGGCGAUGCAUCUGCAGCGAACGCCGAAUGGCAGCUCCGGGGCGUUGAUCCCCGCUCGCUGAAGAAUUUCCGACCGACGCUGGUAAUCUUGCAUGAUGAACUUGAAGCUCCAAUGGGCAAGGUGAGGGUGAAAAGGGGCGGGCCUGAGAAGGCAAGUCUGCGCGGUCAUCGCGGGUUGAUCAGUGUCAUGGAGAGUCUGCGCGGCAAGGGCCUGUAUCCGCCGCGGACAGGACAGGCGGCGCAAGGAGCAAAUGCUGGUCUGUCCAUUCUGCGUGUAGGCGUGGGCAUUGGCCGUCCUUCGACGCGAACCCGAAACGAUGUUGCGGACUAUGUCCUGACUGAAAUGAACGCCGCCGAACUGGCUGCAGUGCGUGCAGCUGCGGUCCCAGUCUUGGACAUUCUGGCGGAUGAGCUCUAUCGAGAUUCUAACGAUGACUGA